AUGCCCGCUAGACAUUCUUUGUCCAAAGAGCAAAUUACAAGAUAUAGUCGUCAGCUACUGAUUCAGGAUUUUGGAGUCGAAGGUCAACAGAGGGUAUCUUUAACUAAAGUGCUCAUCGUUGGAGCUGGUGGACUAGGAUGUCCAGUUGCUAUGUACUUGGCUGGAGCUGGCGUACAUACAAUCGGAAUAGUCGACUAUGAUGAGGUGGCCAUUGAUAAUCUCCACCGGCAAAUCGCUCACAAAGAGAGUUCCAUCGAAGAACCGAAGGUGAACUCUCUCAAAAGAUUCAUAGAAGAGCUAAACAGUACUGUAAAUGUCGUGCCUCACAAAGUUUUACUCGACAGCAAGUGUGCUACUACUAUUCUGAAGUCAUAUGAUAUCGUGGUGGACUGUUCAGAUAACCCUGCAACGAGAUAUCUUUUGAACGAUGCAUGCGUUCUGCUGGGGAAACCUCUCGUCAGUGGAAGUGCCUUACGGUGGGAAGGUCAGCUUACGGUCUACAACUAUACUGAUGAUGAUGGAAAGAGGAGUCCUUGUUAUCGCUGCCUAUUUCCUACUCCACCAAAUCCAGAGCACGUGACGAAUUGCAGCGAGGGCGGUGUGCUUGGACCUGUAGUGGGAGUCAUUGGCAGCUUACAGGCUCUAGAAGUUCUGAAAAUUGCUGCAGGAUUGAGACCAAACUUUGCUGGAAGCCUGUACUUGUUUGAUGGGAGCUGUGGGAGUUCCCGGACGGUACAACUACGCCAUCGAAACAAGCAGUGCGAUGUCUGUGGUGAUAAUCCGACUAUUACUGAAUUGAUAGAUUAUCAGGCAUUCUGU